AUGGCUACAAGCGUCUCACUCACCCUCUUUGAAACUCAUUACAAACCUGUUGAUCUCCCACUCUCUCUCUCUCACACACACACUCUCUCUCUCUUUGUCACUCUGUACUGUGAAACAACCAAUGCAUCUUUUUCUCUGUAUAAAUGUGAAUGUAAUUAUAAAUCUCACUCUUUCGCCUACCCCUUUUCCUUUGUGAACCUCUCCUUUUCUCUCUGUCUGUCUAUCUCUCUCUCUCUCUCUCUCUCUCUCUCUCUCUCUCUAUUUACUUUUGUCUAUCUUUACAAACCUUUUAAUCUACUCUUUAUUUAUUUCUCUCUCUCUCUCCCUCCCUCUCUCCCUCCCUCUCUCUCUCUCUCCUUCUCUACCUAUAUCUUUCUCUCUCUUUCUGGGUUUCUUGUUGUCGUUGGUGUUGCUUUUAAUUUUUUCUUUUCAUCAGUUUUGUCUUCUUUUGUGGGGAGGCAGGAGGUAGGAGCGGUGAGCACAAUCUAA